GCAAAGUCCUGGUUGCCGCUGUGGUCCCAAAUGGGGGCUUUAGUGGAUUUCAAAGCUGGAUUGUUACGAAAGAACUUCACUAUGUGACAGGAGACACCGCGCUGUGAUGAUAAAGUGACUAAAUCUCACGCUUGUAGAAUCCGGCAUGUCCGAAAGCUUUGCUACGGAACAGCGCAGCUUUGAGUCUUCAUCACUGAACGGACCAGAUGGUACCGUAAACAUGAGUCGCGCACUCUCGAUCCUCGCUUAUCUUCUGCCUUUGAUUCAUUGUAGCAGCAGCGCUGACUCCGAAGAGCGGCUCAUGAACUGGCUGCUGGGAAAAGAUCGCUACAAUCCCCUCAUUCGCCCAGCUGUCAACAGAACCGAGAGAGUCACAGUAAAGCUGCAAGUGUCUCUGGCACAGCUCAUCAGUGUGAAUGAAAGGGAACAGAUCAUGACCACAAAUGUUUGGCUCACUCAGCACUGGGUGGACUACAGGUUGUCAUGGGAUCCUGCACAGUAUGAAGGUAUUGUCAAACUGCGCAUUCCCUCCAGACAUGUGUGGCUUCCGGAUAUUGUCCUGUACAACAAUGCUGACGGAACCUAUGAGGUAACGGUGUUCACUAAUGUCAUCGUCCUUUUCAACGGCAGCAUCGAAUGGCUUCCUCCGGCUAUCUAUAAAAGCGCCUGUAAAAUCGAAGUCAAACAUUUUCCCUUUGACCAGCAGAACUGCACUCUCAAGUUCAGAUCUUGGACAUAUGACCAUACAGAGAUUGACCUGAUCUUAAAGUCUGAGAUGGCUAGUAUGGAUGAUUUUACUCCCAGUGGAGAGUGGGAUAUCUUAGCUCUGCCAGGGAGACGGACUGUCAACCCUCUGGAUCCCACUUAUGUGGAUCUGACAUAUGACUUUAUCAUUAAGCGGAAGCCACUUUUUUAUACCAUAAACCUCAUCAUUCCAUGUGUUUUGAUCACCUCUUUGGCCAUUCUAGUCUUCUACUUGCCUUCAGACUGUGGAGAGAAGAUGACCCUGUGCAUUUCUGUACUUCUGGCCCUCACCGUGUUCCUGCUUUUAAUCUCAAAGAUUGUUCCUCCAACAUCAUUAGAUGUUCCCCUGAUUGGCAAAUACCUGAUGUUCACCAUGGUCCUGGUGACCUUCUCCAUCAUCACCAGUGUGUGCGUGCUCAACGUGCACCACCGCUCUCCUAGCACCCAUACCAUGCCUUCUUGGGUCAAGCUGAUAUUUCUUGAGAAAUUGCCUGCCUUACUCUUCAUGAGGCGCCCUCAUAACAAGUCUGCACGCCAAAGAUUGCGUCAGCAUCGAUGCUUAAGAGCUAAAAGAACCAUUUUGGGCUUGGGAUAUCCAGUUGCAUCCAAGACAGAUAUCACCAUGUCAGCUUCUGCGCUGCUGUCUUCAGACUCUGCCUUCUCUACACCAGGACACAAAAAUAUAACUCCUCCAGCAGGAUACAGUCACUCCUAUAGGAAGGGAGAGCAGCGCUCUACUGAUUUUCUUCCCACUAGUUUCACAUCCACCCAGGACUUCCAACACAGGGACAACUCAGACUGGGCUGCUGAUAUCCAGGAGGCAGUGAAUGGGGUGUGCUUUGUGGCUGAGCACAUGAUGGGAGAUGAUGAUGAUCAGAGUGUUAUAGAGGACUGGAAGUAUGUGGCCAUGGUAGUGGAUCGUCUGUUUCUGUGGAUCUUUGUGAUAGUGUGUGUGGUGGGAACCCUGGGCCUGUUUCUCCAGCCUCUUUUCCAGAGUCAGAUUGUUGCCAACCAUGUGCCCAGUUCGGACAUUCCUCGCAUUUGAUCCUCGUACAGAAAGACUGAGCUACUUCAGGGUUUUCAUAAGAAACUGUGCUAUUAGGACAAUAUUAUGUAUGAGGGUAUAGAGGCUAGUAAAAAUUUUGAUGUCUUUUUAGUUUUUGCUUAGCACUGUGCUGGCAGGUAACAGAAUCACUGAUACAAUGUCGUCUGUGCCAAAUCGUACCCAGAGGGUUUGAUAAAGUACUUGUAAACAUGUAAGGUAUGGUACAAAAUAAAUAAAAGCCACUUAUUAUCAUAUAGUAUUUAAAACAAUAUGCCCUAAAACAAUAAAUCACCCAAUAUUUUAAGGAAUAGUUACAUUUGCAUAUGUUAAAAUGCAGCAUUAUUACACUGAGGUUGUUUCUGGCCGCUAAUUCUUCAAAGGAUGUCUGCAGAGUUGGACUGAGUGUAGCUUUCACUGCACUGAAGUAUGCUGAACUGUUGCAGUAAUAUACAUAAUGUGAUAAAUAUACUGUAUGACUGCUCUCAGAUGUAGUGUGACCUGUCAUCUGUGUUACUGUGUCACUGAAAUACAAUAAAGAGCUGUGUGCUCUUUUAGUUUGAUUAAAUGCAUGAAAUUGCCUAUAAAGUCUUAAAGAUGUCAGGGUUUUGCCAAUGUGCUUAUUUAAUCUGUACUGCUGGUGAUAAAGAUCAGAGCCAAUGAGUUCAUUUAGGGUGAGCAAGUUAGGAUGGUUUAUCAUAUAGAUAAAACAGUUGUUCACUCUCAGUGCAAAAAAAAGCAAGACAACGCAAAAAAAUACUGACACAACAAAACUUUUAGAGCUGGUCUUUAUUGUGGUACUUUCCAUAGCCACUCCAUAUCACUGACAUGUAACUGUUAGUAACUAUUUCUCCUAAAUUUAUAUAUAUAUCAAGGGUCUAAAUAAACAAAAAAAAAGAGAAACUCUAGAAUUAGUUUGUUUCAUGCUGCAGUAAUAUGAAGGCUCAUUUGUGCAUUGACACUAAAAGCACCAAAUCUUUGAUAAGUGCUCAUUUUUACAGAUGGGCAAUUGUAAGCACACACAUAAAUGGAAUAAAACAAAGCAGACAAACGCAACCUACACUAACACACAAAUGAAACGACACAACGCUUACAGCUCACUAAACAGCGCUGAGUGUGCUCAUUAAAGGUUCUGCAGACUUUGAGUAUUUUGUGAGCCAUGCAUGUAA